AUGCGAGUAGCUUUCCUUUUGUUGACCUUGGCGUUGGCUGUUACAGCCAAACCUCGCGAUGAAAGGAUAGUGGGCGGAACGGUCACAACCAUCGAGCAAUGGCCAAUGGGCGUAGCUAUGCUUCAAUCCUUGGUUGGACUUGCACAUAUGCAGACCUGUGGAGGCUCCAUACUCAAUAACAGAUCUGUGCUCUCUGCCGCUCACUGUUUUGUGCGUACGAGACCAAUUCAGUGGCGCAUGCGCAUCGCUUCCACCAGGUCAAACUCUGGUGGUAUCGUCCAUGACACCGAGCGCAUCAUCAGCCACCCCAGCUUCGUCUCGCGCACCGCAGACAGCGAUGUGGCCAUCCUUCGCACCACCACGCGCAUAGUGUUCAGCAACAGCGCUCGCGCGGGAGCCAUCGCCGGCGCCAACUAUAACCUGCCCGACAAUUCUGUCGUUUGGGCUAUCGGAUGGGGAGUCACCUCUGAAGGAAGUAUAUUACCACCGGAGAGGCUGCGACAAGUACAGGUCUGGACUGUGAAUCAAGCGAUUUGCGCACAACGGUACGGUGCUAGAGGUCGUACCAUCACUGCUAACAUGCUGUGCUCCGGCUGGCUCGACGUCGGUGGUCGCGACCAGUGCCAGGGUGACUCCGGUGGCCCUCUUCUCCACAACAACGUGGUCGUGGGCGUUUGCUCGUUUGGCAACGGGUGCGCUAGGGCGCGCUACCCGGGUGUGAAUGCUCGAGUGUCCCGCUUCGCUACAUGGAUCACGGCCAAUUCAUAAUUUUAAUUAAUCUUGAAUUGAAACCUUAUUUUCAUAACUUGAAAUAGUAAUACAAUUAUUUAAAUUUACCUUUUCUCAAACAUGCUUGGAAAUUUGAGCAUUAUUUUGACAACCUUCUUCGAUAUAAAUCGAACUAGCUAUACUGGUCGAGCAGCGGCAGACUAUAGUUGUAUGAAAAUACAAAUCUAUCGUGUUUAGUGGCCAAAUAAAUUACUAUGUAAAAUCAUAUUUGUCGUGUAAUUUAAAAAUGGAACGAUCUCCUACCCCGCAACAUGGCAACCAAAGACGUAACUUAUCAAAGGUUUAAUUUAAAUUUCGAACUGGCUUCCACAUAGAAAGCUGUUUAGUGAAAAAAAUACUUUGGCGCGUAAAAAACUGUUGUUAAUUAGUUGUUCGUCAACUUCGUUAUGGAUUUUAAAAAAGGUAAAAUUAACGAAAUCAUCUUAUCCCGACCAUCUACUUCCCAUCAAAACUUUGAAAUUCAGAAUCACGCUGAAGAUACU